CCGUCAGCGCUCUCAUUCUCUCUCUCCGUAAGCGAUAUCGACACAGGGAGUCCUAGAGCGAGAGAGAGAGUCGAUUUGGUGGAUUCGGAGAUUGAGUCGUGAAUUUCGAGUAGAAGACGUCGCUCUCUCUCUCUGAUCGAUCGUUUAUCUUCAAUCCACAGAUCGCAGAGAGUUCAAUCAACCAUGUUUACAAGAAUGUUCGGCAAGCCUAAGCAAGAAACAAAUGCAUUGGCUACACUAGACAAAUUAAACGAGACACUUGAAAUGCUGGAGAAAAAAGAGAAAGUUCUUCUGAAGAAGGCUGCUGCAGAAGUCGAAAAGGCUAAGGAAUUUACCCGAGCAAAGAACAAAAGAGCGGCAAUACAAUGUUUAAAGAGGAAAAGACUUUACGAACAGCAAGUUGAACAGCUUGGAAACUUUCAGUUGCGUAUCCAUGAUCAGAUGAUUUUGCUGGAAGGUGCAAAAGCUACCACAGAGACUGUUGAUGCUUUGAGAACAGGAGCAGCUGCAAUGAAAGCCAUGCAGAAAGCAACGAAUAUUGAUGAUGUGGACAAAACAAUGGAUGAGAUUAAUGAGCAGACCGAGAACAUGAAACAGAUCCAGGAGGCACUUUCAGCACCCAUUGGUGCAGCAGCCGAUUUUGAUGAAGAUGAAUUAGAAGCAGAGCUUGAAGAACUGGAAGGAGCCGAGUUGGAGGAACAGCUUCUCCAGCCUCCCACAAUUGCUCCUCCUGCUCCAGCAGGCAAGGUACGUCCAGCUCCCCAGAAGAACACAGCGGAGGAAGAUGAGCUUGCUGCAUUACAGGCUGAAAUGGCACUUUAAAAGUUAUCAAUAUUAAGCAAGAAAAGUUGUGUAAAGAUUGGAUGUACUGUAUGAUUUGCCAAGUCAUUUGCGGGGGGCUGCUUCAACUUUCCAUGCCCAAAUUUGAUUUUCUCCGUGUGCAGUGUGUAAGCACUAGGAAAAAAAAAACUUAAAAAACUUGUAUAGGUGACAUUUAUUACAUUCAUCUUAAUUUUAAAUACGGAUUCUAGCUUUGGUUUGUAAAAAGGAUUUUGUUGGUUCCCAUUGUUUACAUUGUUUGAACGUGUAAUGAAAUUCUCAAAACUUGAGAAAUUUCGGAAUAAAUGUGAAAAGUGGAACUUUUUUUUCUUCC